UAGCAAACAGCCUCUCCCACUACCAGCCCAAUUUGGCUGGGUGCCUGCAGGCCGAACAGUAACUCUGUCAGCCCCUCCCUUCCCUCCUCUACAGGGAACGCAGAGACCAGACUGGGAGAGACUCAAGCUGGAGCAGCCCAGCUGAGCUUCACAUCAUUUCAGCAAAAAGGGAAGUAUCCAAGAAGACUGGAGUUUUCCGUCUGCCCACCUAUAUUGUCUUGGAUAUUCCCAAUAACCCAAUCCGGAACGUUACAGCAACAGGAAGAACGGGUGAGAGUAGCUGGAGUGAGCUGGGGAAACCAUUAUAUCUGCCGUCUGCUGUCUCAAAAUAUUCUGGAAUCCAGACAGCCUCUCCAGGAUCCAUCUUACUCUUCAAGGUCCAUCAUGCCUUCUUGAAGACUGUGAUUCUGCUGUAACAUCCAACGUGAUAGCUUGGAUUCUGUAGUGCCGCUGCAGGUUUGUGCUGUUGCCUCCCGGCUUAGAAUGGUGCCUCCCGAGAAGAAGGUUGGUGGCAGGGCCAUCCUUUUCUGCAGCUAUCCCGACUCUACAACUUGCCCUACCUAAGCAAGGCUUGGGAGCUGGUGAACCUUGCACAGGCAGUCAGGGCAUGGCCUGGUCAGGGGACAAAAGGGAUGGAGCCACAGCAAAAUGGAUCUAGCAAUCAGAGUGAUCAGGGACCCACUAUCUUUCCAUACUCACCUCUGGCCACGACUCUCAUCCUUGUGGCAGGACUGACUGUGGCUCUUGUGACGUUUACAGGGAAUGUGCUGGUUGUAUUGGCUGUGUACACUAGCCGUGCCCUUUGGGCCCCACAGAAUCUCUUCCUGGUGUCUAUGGCUACAGCCGAUAUCCUGGUAGCCACUCUCAUUAUCCCAUUUUCCUUGGCCAACGAGAUCAUGGGCUACUGGUGUUUUGGGGGUCUUUGGUGCAGUUUCUACUUGUCACUGGACGUCCUGUUCUGCACCGCCUCGAUCAUGCAUCUGUGUGCCAUCAGCUUAGAUCGCUACUGGGCAGUCACCCGAGCUGCCCGGUAUAAUCUGAAAAGGAGCCCCCAGAGGGUCAAGUGUAUGAUUGGGACUGUCUGGGCCAUUGCUGCCGUUGUAUCCCUGCCACCCCUGUUUAAGUCUAGACAGCAGGACCAGGUCUGCCUCCUUCAUGAUGACACCUGGUAUGUGCUGGCCUCUUGCACUGCCUCCUUCUAUGCCCCUUGCCUCAUCAUGGUUGCAGUCUAUUGCCGGAUUUAUCAUGUGGCCAAACACAGGAACUCUGUGGUCAUCGCAGCACGGCGGGUGUCCUACCCCAACUUCAUCCCCGUGGCCAAGUACAAUCCCUGCAGACGGAGCACUCAGCCUCCUGGGGAAACGCAGAAGAUGGGAAUGGAGUCCGGCCAGCUUCCUUGUCCCCAGCCUGGCUUGCCACGGCUCUCUCGGCAAUGGAGGGUAGAUGACGGUGGCAACAGCAGUGCUCGGCCACCAAGGACCCCAAGGCUUUCUUGGUCACUUCCCUCCAGUCUCCAUCAGCGCAGAAGCAGGGAUAUGUCCCUCUCCACCAAUCGGCUGAUGCAGGCCCGGGAGCGCAGAUUCACCUUUGUCCUUUCUUUUAUCAUUGGAGCUUUUGUCCUCUGUUGGUUCCCAUUCUUCUUUACCUACAGCCUGGAAUCUGUGCUUGGGGAAGGCUGCUGCAUCUCCGAGCCCCUCUUCAAAUUCUUCUUCUGGAUUGGGUACUGCAACAGCAGCUUCAACCCCAUCAUCUAUACAGUCUUUAACCGGGACUUUCGCAGAGCUUUCCAUCAACUCCUGUCCCCUGGCCAUUCACUCCUGUGCCGAAAAUGAGGACUCUAGAUGGUUGUUGGGCCCCGAGAGAGGCACGAUGGACAGGGGGUUGGCUACAGAACAUUCCCCCUGGGGCCCCACAGAAGGUAACUAGUGGAGGUUGGGGAGCUGAGUAUUUCUUCGGCUGCUUUUUAUUGAAGACUUCCCCGAAACCCCAGACAUGCAUGUAGCUUGAAGGGCAGAAGCACCACAAGAAGCAAGAUUUCUCUGACUUACUGGCAGGCAGUUGGUUGGCGAGAGUCAGUUUCACACUCCUGCCUUUUUCUCUAGCUUGAUGAGGUCACCUGAUCUGUUGUUCAGCAAGCUAAUUAACGGAGGUAGUGGGAGCAGAGGGUGGCUGAGGUAAAAUUAUUGAUGUGCUAUAAUGGCUACUAUGGCAGCUUUGACUCCCCAUGCAGACUUGCCCCAAAUUUGGGUCAUCGGUGUAAUAAAACAGGCAAAUGUAUGUUCUUGGUUUUGCUAACCCUAACCCUUGGUUUAGGGGUGCCCGUUAUAUUGAACCACCUCAGUGGUUGGGCUCCAUCCUUCAUCCUAAAAUGGAAAGCCUGCUCCAAAACCAGCUCUAACUCAGAGAAGCUUUGGAAGGAACAUUCAUUUAUCCCAGCUGCUCUGUGGGAAGGGGAAACAGAAACAGAUUCUAUUAAAGGGGAUUCAACAGGCUGACUAUUUUGGUACUAGAACUAAAAAUGUACAGCUGCGUAUUUUUCUGUCUCACGUAUAUUGUCCCUUGUCAAAACAAGAGUGGUGGCAUUUGGAGGAACUGGGGGCUUAUUAAAAUCAUAGGAAGAUCCAUCUAGUGGUCUGGUACUGUAUCAGAAACACUGGCCGACUAGGGGGUCUUGAAGGAAAAACUCACAAAGAGAAUGCGAUAUAGCCGCAAUGAUAACCUCAUGUUUUCUUCCAUUGCAUAAUUGUAGCAAGAAGCCUUCUGCCUCUGAACAUUAUUUCCUUGUUAUUUUGGGUUUGAGCAACUUGAGGUUUGGCUGAUGUCCUCCACAGAAAGAGCAAACAGGAAAGGAGCAAAGUCAUGGACGUCCUAAGAUAACUUUUCCUAAUCCCCGGAGUCCUCUGUACCACAGCUCCCAUAUAUUUAGCCAUUGGUCUCACUGAUUGAGGAUUUUGAGGGCUGAUGGGGUAUCAAGAUGGGAAGAACUUUUCCAAGGACAGUAGAUGACUUGACCAAGGGACCGACUUAUCCCAGGGAUGCCCUGGGAUUGCAGAAAGGUGGAUAGACCAAGAGGGGGAGGGAGAAUAGUCCCUGCAGAUGAUGGUGGUUUACUUAGUGAUGUGAAGCUGCCUGUUUCAGAGUCCUCGAGCUAGCCUGCCUGCUAGUUCAGGGGAAGCUGAGCUAAACAAGGGACAUAUUGCAAAGCUUACUCAAUCAUCUGGCUUGAGGAAAUAUUACUCUGAUCCUGCUUCUGGGCAGGUGCCAGGCAUAGGUCUUGGCAAAGAGGUUCCUGUCAAUCAUAGCAAAGGUGUCUUUCAUAUUGCCUCCAGCAAUUAAGCUUUUCCUGUUGUUCCAGUUUGUUCAGAUUAGUUUCUCAAGCUGAAGCUGGUGCCACAGCCAAGUACCUGCCAUCUCUUAGGCACGUUGUCCCUACAAUCAAAUCUUUUUUGAUGUCCCAUAUGUUUAGCAGGGUAAUUCCUGCCAUUGCCUGAAUCACAACUGAGGCACAAGUCCAGGUUCUGGGCUCCUGCCUGAUAUUCCAACCUUAACUUUAACAGGCAUUCAAGGUAUUAUUUUCUUCCUGGUACUGUAAGGGAGUGGGGUGGACAGCGGAGCAAUGCAAGUUCUGUUUGCCAGGAACUUAAUUUAUGUCUUGGAGACUCUUUAAGGACAGAAAAAGAGGCAACAGUUGUAACCCAAGACCAAUUCACAGAAUACACUUUGCAAUCACAGAACUGCUUCUUUAAUAUGCUUCCCUGUGCAAAAUGGCUUUUCUAUCGGCCUGUCCCCUGUGACUGGAUAAUAGUCUGUGGACAUAGCUUUAAGCCCCCAAUAGGCCUAAAUGAAGACUACUGCCUUGUCCUAUUGUGAUAAAUAGUUAUCAAUGAGGGUAAUUUGAAAUCUCUCUUCCUGUAAGCAUUACUGAUUAUGUUGCUAAGGAGACGAAUCCAACAAUAAAACUACAAACAAGGCAAGCAUUUCUACCAGCUAAUAAAGUGACAUCUGGUAGCUGAUUCUUCCCAGAAAACAGAACAAACCAAGGAUGGAGUAAAUUAGGCAGGUAUCCACGGAGAUAGUUUAACACCAUAUUACUCACUCCCGUUCCAGACACCUAGAAAGGCAGCUGGUGUUAACUAUUAUCUCUCAGAGUUUGGGUAAACUAUGUUCUCAUGUACAGAUUGACCACUGAGAUAAGCUGGAAGGAAAAAGAAUCUGAAGGAAAGAAUGAUGGUUCUUCUAACAUAUCAAUGAACUUGAUACUAAGAGUUACCUUUUCUUUAUAAAGCAUGUUACCUGUCACGCUUCAAAUGCACUCCAGCAUCCAGCUUGGAGGUCUACACUGCUUGUUCUUUCUACCCAGAAGUGGAUUAAAAUGUUUCCACCUCUCACAUUUCAUUUUCAUCUUCCUGGGAUGCAGUCUCUGUAUCAACAAUCCCUUCCACUAAUUCUACAGGGUUGACAUUUUGCACUCUUCCAUGAUGUUUUGUUUCAUCCUUAUAAAGGGUUGGUCUAAUUUUGUUUUGUGUUUUUGUUCUGUAUUUUUGUUUUUGUUUUUAAUGGAGCAACUUUGGCAUUUGAUAAACAUGGUGGACAGUCCUUUCCAGGCAGCCUGGACAGGUCCAGAAAGCAUCUUCUACAGAGUAUUGCUCUGCGCUACGCUGGGAUCGAAUGCAAGGAGGUACAGAGGUGAAGGUAGAAUCAUUAAAGGGUGUAGACUUCCAUCCAAAACCACUAUGUGGUUGGUCAGUUUAGCAAAAUUGUUUUUUUUUAACAGAAUGGCCUUUGCAACACUGAUGAGGUGGAAUACACCAGUCCUCCAGAUCAUCUCCACUGAUUAUCUUUUGAAACUCUGUGUGUGUUAUAGUCCUGCUACCACACCUUCUGUGAAACGGUAAAUUCCUGGAUUGUCUGUGCUCUAUUUUCAAUGGUAUGAGGGUUGUUUAUUUUUUUAAUAGGCAAAUUAUACCUGCCUACAUUCUGUGAUUUAAGUAUAAAUUAAACAAAAAGGCUGCAUCUCAUCUGAUUUCCACAUGGUCCUUGGGAUUGUUCAGAAUUUGAACAAACAUUGAAUAUCUGGAUGGUGCGGACUGCAGUAAAUAAAGUUGUAUCCUAGAUAGUCGGAUAGAGUUUGAGUGGGUUGCAUUAAAACAUUUAUGGCAAUGGCCCUUCCUCAUUCUGACAUCUCUGAGUUGCAGCCAGCCAGCUGGUAUGGGAGAAAAUUGGGCUGGAAAUGAAUUUUGAUAUCUAAAGGGGGAGAUGGGGCCCUGAGGAACUGUAUGAAAAUUAUGGUGCAAGUAAGUAAAAAGAGCAGUAUGUUCUCAGGAUGUUUCCUGAUCCAGUUGUUAUUUUAUAUCCCUCCGUAUUCUUCAGAUCCCCUAUGAAAGUAUCACCUUGGGGCAAGGAGUCCUGAGUUUGACAAUUGGGCCAAGAUGGGAGAUGGGGAAUCCAGCUUUUUGCAGUUUUGACCUUGGUCCUAAAACUAGUCAGGCAAUCAUUUAAAAUAUGAAAUUUGGGUGACUGCAUGUUGGGUGGGAGGAUAUUUACUCUUCCUUUUCAAGCACAUUUUCUCUCUUUUCUAUUGAUGGGCUAUUAUCACUCUAACCCUUUUUGUUUUAAUUUCCACCCAAGGGAAGAUUAAGAAGUUAGAUGAUGAUGCUUUGUAGCUACUUCGCGCUGUUUGUAUUGGUGCUAUUGGGCCAGGUUUCAAGCAACGUCCCAUUCCAGGAAGUUGCUGGUAAGGCAGCUGUUGGAAGGGCAUAAGGUGAGAGGAGGUGAAGUGGCACACGGAUGGUGAAAGGCAGCCCAGAAUUCCUAUGAGGGAAGACCUUGCAGCUUUCUGAACGAGUCUGAUGACAAGGGACUUCUCACGCAACAUUUCCACCAGGGCGAUGUAGCUGAAGUUGACAAGGCUGUGAUGUAUGUGUGGAAAGAUGGCAAUGCAAAGGGGCAUGAGAAGAUUAAGUGACAGAGUAGGAAAAGUCUCCUCAAGAGGCAGAGUGGAAUGCAGUUUGGAUCUGAAAGGACCAGGCCGGCCAGCCCCUCUUGGCUCAGACAUGCAGAGGCAAGAGGCUGAAUAAUUUCCCCAGCUUUUGGGCUGAAAAUAGAAAAACAUGAAACACUGACCCUCAACCUAUCUAAAAACAGCUGUUGGCGCCAAGGGAGCUGGAUUCCACAAGCCAGAGGACCUAGCUCCAAGCUCCAGCCCUCCCUUUAGUUUCCAAAUUUUGUGCGGUUGUUUGUCUGAACUGCUGGUCUUCAGAAGGAGAUUGUACUGAACAACCAUCAGAGUGCAAGUUGGGCUGAGGCUGGGCUUGGAUGAUGGACUCCUCUCUCUUUCAGUUAUAUCACAGAGGAGCUCAGCCAGCCAACCUUAGUAACAUUUCUUAUACUUUAGAAUAUUCAUACAUAUACACAUCCUUGGGCUGCAUUCAUUCCACACAGUUAGCUUGAUCACUGAAAUAACCAAAUUUCCAGAUUCAUGUGAACCUACCCAAGGUGAUCAUUAACUAAGCUGAAUAUAUUUAGCAACAUUAAAAGAUUUCACCUGGGAAAGCAUAUUAUGUGAAGGCAGUUGUGAUGUUUAAGGAUGACUGGGGAAAAAAAGCAAUUGCAUUCCUUUUAACUCUCCAUGUGACUGAAAAG